GGUUGGUUGCUUGGUUAGUUGGUUGGUUGACGGUUUAGUUAGUCCGAUUAGUGUUUGGUCUAAAAAAAAAACCUCUAGCCCUAAGAAUUAUGGAUAUAGGUUAGACACAACCAAAACAAACAACCGACCAUUCAACACACCCAGGCAUCAACCAUCAAUAAACUAACAUAUAACAGACUGCCUUUGAAUUGAUUGGUCAACGUCAAUAAAAUGGACCAUAGAAAAUAAAUCAAUAACUAUAAUACAAUAUUUCACUGUCUGCAUAAAAAUACCCCAACACCAUCAACAAUUAUAUGAACCUAACUAUUGAUACAAACGAUAGAACAAGUGAUUGAUUUUUAUGGACUGUUAGAAUUAUCCACACAAAAAAUAAAAAAAUAGAAUGACCCCUUAUCCUCAAGGGAAUCCGGAUAUUUCAAAUGGCAACAAUAAUGAUUCAACAUUCAUUUCCAACGAUGUUGAUAAUGAUUACAUAAUACAUACUUCAUCUAUUCGAUUACCUUUCAUUGCUGCUGGAUUAGUGAAUGCUGCAGUUGCUGAAUUAUUAAAUCAAUUAUCAUGUCGAUUCUUUGAAAUGGCUAUCAUUACUUCAAAAAUUACAGAUAGUCAAAAAAAUGAUCAAGAAAAUAUAAAGAAUGAUGUACAAACUACAUACAAUAAUAGUAAUUCAUCAAUUUUUCCACAAAAUGAACGACUUAUACAUAUACAAGAUCAAUCAAAAUUACAAAAAAAAGUACAAAUGGAAUUAGAUCAUUUAAGUGCUCUAUCACCUGAUCAAAUGCCUAUUUUACAACCAAAUAAUCAAGAUAUAUUUAACUCUUCACUUCAUCUUCCUCAUCCUAGUACUAUAACUGUUUCAUCAUCUUCUCCUUCUAUAUCAUCAACAAUUUGUUUAUUUACAAAUUCUUCAGAAAAUUGUAAUACUCUUUCAGAAAUAAUGAAAAUUAAAGAAGAAUCUGAAAUUGGAUAUCCAUUAGAGUUAAACAUUGAACGUACAAAUACUAUUAACAAUAAUAAUAAAAAGAACAAUGAUUAUACUAUACAAAAUUCUAAUAACUUUAUAAGUAAUUCAAUUAAUGAUCAAUAUCCAUACCAACAAAAUCAUUCAUCUCAAUCUAAUUUAUCACGUAUAGCUACAGUAGAUUAUUUAAAACGUCAUCCAUGUAAUUAUCGUGGUUGUGGUAAAGUAUUUUUUAGUCGAACAAGUCUUAUUUAUCAUAAACAAUGUCAUGCAAUUGAUAAACCUUAUAUAUGUACAUAUCCUAAUUGUAAUUUAACAUUUUCUAAUGAAACAUUAUUAAAAACACAUAUACAAUUACAUGAACCAAAACAAUUACGUGAACGUUAUUCAUGUACAUUACCAGGAUGUAAUAAAGUAUUUGUUACACGUGAAUGUCUUAUAGAACAUAUACGUAUACAUACUGGUGAAAGACCAUUUCUAUGUGAUUAUCCAGGAUGUACACAUCGUUUUGCUAGACGUUGUAAUUUAUUUGCACAUAAACGUGUACAUUUAGAUAAAAAUCAACGUCGUCAAUAUCAUUGUAUACAUGAUGGUUGUGGUAAAACAUUUUUAUAUUCACGUAGUUUAACUGAACAUAUGAAUGUACAUUUAGGUGAACGUCCAUAUGUAUGUGAUUAUCCAGGAUGUGAAAAAAGUUUUACUAGUAAAAGUUAUUUAUAUGCACAUAGAAGAAUACAUUUAAGUAGUAUAGAUAAAUCAAUUAAUGUGACAUGUUCUUCUUCAUCAUCAUCAUCAUCAUCUAGUAAUCAACAAUUUGAUUCCAGCAAUACUUCUGCUACUAUUACUAAUAAUAGUAAUGUACCACCAAUACCAGUUACAGUAACUAUACCAGUUCUUCAACCAAUUCAUUAUCCAUUUCCACAAUCCAUUUUAUCAAAUAAACAACAACUUCAACAUCAUCAACUUCAACAUCUUCAUCAACAACAACAACAGCAGCAGCAAUCUCAACAACGAAUUCAAUCACAAUUACAACAUAAUCUUUUAAAUAAUACAAAUAUUAAUAUGACGAAUAAUAUAUCAGCUCAUUUAUUCUAUUCAAAUCAACAUAAUUAAAUUGACUUAAUUUGACAUUCAUUCAUUUUAAACAAUAAGCUUCGAAUAUGCUUUCUUUCAUUUUCAUUAUUGAACAUAUCAAUGCAUAAUACGUUUAGAAUAUAUUCAUUGGUUUUUCUCCUUUUCUUGUUUGAUAUUCGUUGUUUCUUUCUUCUCUUUGUUUUCUUGUUUAUUUAACUCAUGAUCUGAACUAUAUAAAAUUACCAAAAUUUCUACAAAACCCCCCUUCUGAUAAUGAUCAUAUACUCAAUAGUGACUGGUUUCAUGAGGUAUUGACUGGAGUUGUAGUGAAAAGUAAUAACCAGGGGAGUUCAACCAGGUCUGUUGUAGAGAUAUCAACUUACUGAAGGCAUUGGUGAAUGGUUGCUCAAUUUGGUGGAUUGGUCGAAUUUAGAUAUUAACAUCGUUGGAUGUCGGCUCAGUGGUUUAUCGGUUAAGUCCUCUGGCGCGAGACUGACAUGUCGUGGGUUCGAAUCUCGUGAGGCGGGAUCGUGGAUGCGCACUUCUGAGGAGU